AUGUUCUUCAAACGUCGGUCCCGAGCCAAUUCUUACGUCGACAACAGUGAGAACCCGCGCUCGCAGUCAUUCGACGAUUACACAGAUAAGCGCCCCGAGUCGAGCCGUAAGGAGUCCCACCACAGCCAGCCCUUCUCCCCUACCGAGGAGCCGGACAUGUAUCCCCGCCAGCAGCAACCCCAAGAGCCGACGUACGCGCAGAGUGCUCCCCCAACCCACAACAACAUGCCCAUCCGCUCCCAGCAGGUGCCCCCGACCGGCAGCAGCGCCCCGAUGGGGCUCGGCAUGCCCGACCUCAUCACCGCUGCCUUCAACCAGGCCGUCCAGCCCUACACGGAGAAGAUCGAGCAGCUCGAGAGCCAGCUCGCCGACAUGCAGAACUGGGUCGACCAGCUCGAGCAGCAGCGCGCCGAGGUGCACAACUGGAUCGACAAGCGCGGACUGCGCCCAGAUGUUCCUGCCUCAAUUGCUAAGAUCAUGGACACAACUACCGCCGAUGCCGCGCCCACACUCAACGCCCAGCUCGACCGCAAGAUCACCAUCGUCAACUUCGACCUGCACCGCCUGCAGGACGACCUCAACGACUCCAUCUCCUCGUCACACUUCGCCUCGGCCAUGCUGAAGUUCCUGCCCGACAUCCAGCGCCUGACACUGCUCCCGUCCGGCCCGCGCUACGCCUUCGACCUCAUCCUGAAGCUCGGCGGCAACCUCAACUCCCACGGCGGCAUCGACAGUGCCGACGCCGGCGACAUAGCAGCCCGCCGCGACUUCUACAACCGCCUCGACGAGACCAUGGUCGAUGUCGUGCAGCGCCGCUUCGGCGAGGGCGAGGGCUGGGACGUCAAGCGCGAGAUCAAGCGCAUCGAGAAGACGGCCAGCUACCUCAAGACCUACGGCGUCGAGCCAUACUUCCCCUCAACGCUUGAGAUGAUGAAGCGCGAGAUGGAGUUCCAGCCGCACCCCAACGGCGGUGUUCCCAAUGGCGGAACAGGAACCCCACCGCGGUACCAUUAG